CGCCCCAAUCUGGGAAUAAUAAUAUGGAAUAAUAAGAACUGCUUCUUUAUUUGUGUACCAUUACAGGCAAUGGAAACCACACCUAUUGAAAAUGCUUCUUACAUCCGAGUUGCUCACACUCUCUGUGAGGGGGAGAGCAAAGCCAUUGAAAAGAGAAAACUCAAAAUUCAGAAAGCCCUGAGCAGCCUACAGAUUACUUGUGAUGGGGACCGUGUCCCCCCCAUCGCCGUGCUGGGCUCUGGGGGGGGUCUGCGUGCCAUGGUGGCUCUCAUGGGGACUUUAACUGAGCUGGGGGCUCAGAACCUGCUGGACACCAUCAUGUACCUGUGUGGAGUGUCAGGAUCCACCUGGUGUAUGUCCUCUCUGUACCAUGACCCACAGUGGUCCUCUCACGUGGAGGAGGCAGAGACAAAGAUGGUGGAAACACUCAACAUGGACAAUUUCAGCUUUUUAAAAAUGAGGCAAAAAAUCAACGAAUCAACAGAGGAUGAGAAGUUUUCCUUAACAGAUGUAUGGGCUGCAGGUGUUGUUUACAAAAUUGUGAAAGAGAUGGAUGACCGCAAACUUUCAAAGGAAGAAGAUGUGGACAUGACCAACCCCUACCCCAUCUACGCAGCUGUGGACAAGUCACAAAUGAAAAAGGAAAAACACAACAAAGGGAUUUGGUUUGAAAUAACCCGUCAUGAAGCAGGGUACCCUGAGUAUGGAGCCUUCGUGGACACCAGUGUCCUUGGGAGUCAGUUCAGUGGAGGAAACAAGAUAAAGCACAAAGAUGAGAUGGACAUUCUAUACUUGCAAGGAUUGUGUGGCAGUGCAAUAGGCGAUAUGGAGAAGAACAUAAAGUUUGUUAAAGAUACAAUAUUCAGUAUCUUAUCCUUCCAUUCUGAAACCAGGGCGAUGGCACGUACAAGAAACACAGAGAUUCCUGCAGGUGAACAGUGUAAUUGUAAAAGGUGCAGUACCCUGCUUUGCCUGCUAGACCUCCAUGAAAACCUCUACUGUGACAAAGACUGCAAACCCAUUCUCAACUCUCUGAAGAUCAUUUUUAAAGAUGAAAAGGUGGUAUACGAGUUGAUCUCGCAGUUGUACGAUACAUGGGACACUGACGAAAAGGAUGUCCAGGAGAUGAAGAUUUCAGCUCUUUCAGAUAUUAUCCUUCAACUUUUCCAAGAAACUGCUGAUACACAUUUGGAGGGAAUAACUCUGCAAUCUAAUCCUGAAUCUAUGGUGCUCCCAUCCUUCAAUUUCAAUGCACAUGCUAAACUAUUACAGGCCUCUUUUUCCUGGACCUGGGGAUCCAGGUACAACUUCCUGUACAAGCACCCCAACACAGAUAACGGCCUCCCCAGUGAAUUGCUCAGUGAGGACACAAUCUACCUCCUAGAUGCUGGUCUGUCCAUCAACAGCGCCUACCCACUGGUCCUGAGAAGAGACAGGGGAGUGCAGCUCAUUUUGUCCUUUGAUUUCAGCGCUAGAGACCCAUUCUUGACUGUCACUGAGACAGCUGAGUACUGUGAGAAGAACAAUAUUCCCUUCCCACCCAUCCCACCAGUGAGUAAGGAGGAGAAGAAUUGUCCCUCAAGCUGCUACAUCUUCCAGGGUGAAAACACCCCCACUGUUAUGCACUUCCCUCUCUUCAACAAGAACAACUGUGGAGGUGAGGAAAAGGUCAAAGAGAUGAGGAAGACCUACACAACCAGCAAUACAUCCUACAGCAAACAGGAGCUCCAGGACCUCCUGAAAGCAGCUAAGGAGAAUGUCAGGAUCAACAGAGAUAAGAUCACUGCCAAGAUGCAAAACGCAGUGGAUACCGAAAGGAAAAAGAAACAACCAGUGAUUCAGUGAUUCACUUGAACCAGUAGUCUAGAAGAGGCUGGGGUGCUGGGGGAUGUUCAACAUGCUGUAUGGUAUCAUAACAUGUCAGUCACUCAAUCAUUAUUUUUUAAAACUGUGAUAUUUUUUCGAGCAAUAAAGACAUCACUGCAAAAC